UGUAAGUGCCUUCUGGCGGGCGGCGGCGGCUACGACGAGUUCUGCGCUGCGGUGCGGGCCUACGACCCCGCGGCGCUCUGCGGCCUGGUCUGGACAGCCAACUUCGUGGCCUACCGCUGCCGGACGUGCGGCAUCUCCCCCUGCAUGUCGCUGUGCGCUGAGUGUUUCCACCAGGGAGACCACACCGGACACGACUUCAACAUGUUCCGCAGCCAGGCCGGAGGCGCCUGUGACUGCGGAGACAGCAACGUGAUGCGGGAGAGUGGGUUUUGCAAAAGGCAUCAGAUUAAAUCAAGUUCAAAUAUUCCCUGUGUUCCCAAAGACUUAUUGAUGAUGUCUGAAUUUGUUCUUCCAAGAUUUAUUUUUUGUCUUAUUCAGUACUUAAGAGAUGGCUAUAAUGAACCAGCAGCUGAUGUAUCAUCAGAAAAAGACCUUAACAAAGUCCUUCAGCUUUUGGAACCUCAAAUUUCCUUUUUAGAAGACCUAACUAAAAUGGGAGGAGCAAUGAGGUCUGUUCUUACCCAGGUUUUGACAAACCAACAAAACUACAAAGAUCUAACUUCUGGUCCUGGAGAAAAUGCUUGUGCAAAGAAAAGUCAUGAAAAGUACCUUAUCGCUUUGAAGAGCUCUGGACUCACAUAUCCUGAGGAUAAGCUUGUAUAUGGUAUUCAGGAGCCAUCUGCUGGUACUAGCACUCUGGCAGUUCAAGGUUUUGCAGGUGCAACAGGAACAUUGGGACAAGUAGAUUCUUCAGAUGAGGAGGAUCAGGAUGGGAGUCAAGGCUUGGGCAAGAGAAAGAGGGUAAAACUGAGCAGUGGCACCAAAGAUCAAUCCAUAAUGGAUGUAUUGAAGCAUAAAAGUUUUCUAGAAGAACUUUUGUUUUGGACAAUAAAGUAUGAAUUCCCUCAGAAGAUGGUCACUUUCUUACUCAACAUGCUUCCAGAUCAAGAGUAUAAGGUUGCUUUUACAAAAACUUUUGUUCAACAUUAUGCUUUCAUUAUGAAAACACUGAAGAAAAGUCAUGAAUCAGACACGAUGUCUAAUAGAAUUGUGCAUAUUAGUGUUCAGUUGUUCAGCAAUGAGGAGCUAGCUAGACAGGUAACAGAAGAAUGUCAGCUCCUGGAUAUUAUGGUCACUGUACUAUUAUACAUGAUGGAAAGUUGCCUUAUUAAAAGUGAACUACAAGAUGAAGAAAAUAGUUUACAUGUGGUGGUGAACUGUGGAGAAGCAUUACUGAAGAAUAACACUUAUUGGCCUCUUGUUAGUGAUUUUAUUAAUAUUCUGUCUCAUCAAAGUGUGGCGAAGAGAUUUUUGGAGGACCAUGGUUUGUUAGUUACGUGGAUGAACUUUGUAUCUUUCUUUCAAGGUAUGAACUUAAACAAGCGAGAACUGAAUGAGCAUGUGGAAUUUGAAUCUCAGACCUACUAUGCUGCCUUUGCUGCUGAACUUGAGGCCUGUGCACAGCCAAUGUGGGGGCUCUUAUCACAUUGUAAAAUUAGGGAAACUCAAGAAUAUACCCGAAAUGUUGUAAGAUAUUGCCUUGAAGCCCUUCAAGACUGGUUUGAUGCGAUAAACUUCGUAGAUGAGCCAGCACCUAACCAAGUCACUUUUCAUCUGCCUCUACAUCGUUACUAUGCUAUGUUUUUGAGUAAGGCUGUAAAAUGUCAAGAACUAGAUUUGGAUUCUGUUUUACCAGAUCAGGAGAUGUUAAUGAAACUAAUGAUUCACCCACUCCAAAUUCAAGCAAGUCUUGCUGAAAUCCACAGCAAUAUGUGGGUACGAAAUGGCUUGCAAAUCAAAGGACAAGCCAUGACUUAUGUCCAGUCUCAUUUCUGUAAUUCCAUGAUAGAUCCUGACAUUUACUUAUUACAGGUUUGUGCUUCUAGACUUGACCCAGAUUAUUUUAUAUCAUCUGUCUUUGAACGAUUUAAAGUGGUAGAUUUAUUGACAAUGGCAUCGCAACAUCAAAAUACAGUACUUGAUGCAGAGCAUGAAAGAUCGAUGCUAGAAGGAGCUCUUACAUUUCUUGUGAUUCUUUUGAGUCUUCGUUUACAUUUAGGAAUGUCUGAUGAUGAGAUUCUCAGGGCAGAGAUGGUAGCCCAGCUAUGUAUGAACGACAGGACACAUAGUUCAUUGUUGGACCUCAUUCCAGAAAAUCCCAACCCCAAAAGUGGCAUUAUCCCAGGCAGUUACAGCUUUGAAUCAGUUUUAUCAGCUGUAGCUGAUUUUAAGGCUCCUGUUUUUGAACCUGGAGGUUCUAUGCAACAAGGCAUGUAUACUCCCAAAGCUGAAGUCUGGGAUCAGGAGUUUGACCCUGUCAUGGUCAUUCUUCGAACAGUUUACCGUAGAGAUGUGCAGUCUGCAAUGGACAGAUAUACAGCAUUUUUAAAACAGAGUGGGAAAUUCCCUGGAAAUCCCUGGCCACCUUAUAAGAAAAGGUCAUCACUUCAUCCCAGCUAUAAAGGUCUCAUGAGACUUUUGCACUGUAAAACUUUACACAUUGUGCUAUUCACUCUACUUUACAAGAUUUUGAUGGAUCAUCAAAAUUUGUCAGAACAUGUACUCUGCAUGGUUUUAUAUCUGAUUGAGUUAGGACUUGAAAAUUCUACUGAAGAUGAAUCAGAUGAAGAGACAUCAGUGGGUGGACCAGAGCGUUGUCAUGACAGUUGGUUUCCUGGAAGUAACUUAGUAUCUAACAUGCGACACUUUAUAAACUAUGUUAGAGUGAGGGUUCCAGAGACUGCUCCUGAAGUGAAGAGAGAUUCACCUGCAAGCACUAGCUCUGAUAACUUGGGUUCUUUACAAAAUUCUGGUACAGCUCAAGUUUUCAGCUUAGUAGCAGAACGUAGAAAGAAAUUUCAGGAGAUCAUCAAUCGUAGUAACAGUGAAGCAAAUCAGGUGGUUCGUCCCAAAACUUCAAGUAAAUGGUCUGCUCCUGGUUCAGCUCCCCAGUUAACGACAGCCAUUUUGGAAAUUAAAGAAAGUAUAUUGUCUUUGCUAAUUAAGCUUCAUCACAAACUCUCAGGAAAACAAAACUCCUACUAUCCUCCUUGGCUGGAUGACAUUGAAAUUUUAAUUCAGCCAGAAAUUCCUAAAUACAGUCAUGGAGAUGGUAUAACUGCAGUAGAAAGAAUUUUACUAAAAGCUGCAUUGCAAAGCAGAAUGAACAAACGUAUCAUUGAAGAGAUAUGUAGAAAAGUGACCCCACCUGUACCACCCAAAAAAAUCACUGCAGCAGAGAAGAAAACCCUGGAUAAAGAAGAAAGGCGACAAAAGGCUAGAGAGAGACAACAGAAAUUGCUUGCAGAAUUUGCUUCACGACAGAAAAGCUUUAUGGAAACUGCAAUGGAUGUUGAUUCUCCUGAAAAUGAUAUUCCUAUGGAGAUCACCACAGCAGAACCACAGGUUUCUGAGGCAGUAUAUGAUUGUGUUAUCUGCGGACAAAGUGGCCCCUCCUCAGAAGACCGACCUACAGGAUUGGUUGUAUUGUUACAAGCAUCAUCAGUUUUGGGGCAGUGCCGUGAUAAUGUUGAACCAAAAAAAUUGCCCAUUACUGAAGAGGAGCAGAUUUUCCCUUGGGACACAUGUGCAGCAGUUCAUGAUGUGAGGCUUUCAUUAUUACAGCGUUAUUUUAAGGAUAGUUCUUGUCUUUUGGCAGUAUCAAUUGGCUGGGAAGGAGGUGUUUAUGUACAAACCUGUGGCCACACAUUACAUAUAGAUUGUCAUAAAUCUUACAUGGAAUCAUUACGGAAUGACCAGGUUCUUCAGGGUUUCUCAGUGGACAAAGGAGAAUUCACGUGUCCCCUCUGUAGGCAGUUUGCUAACAGUGUUCUUCCUUGUUAUCCUGGAAGCAAUGUGGAAAAUAACCUUUGGCAACGUCCUAGUAACAAAAGCAUGCAAGAUCUCAUAAAGGAAGUGGAGGAACUGCAGGGACGGCCAGGAGCUUUCCCAGUAAGCAUCAGUUCAGAAACCAACUUAAGUAAAGAAAUGGAAUCUGUAAUGAAAGAUAUAAAAAAUACUACUCAGAAGAAAUAUCGAGACUAUAGCAAGACCCCAGGCUCACCAGACAAUGAUUUUCUCUUUAUGUACUCAGUUGCUAGAACCAAUUUGGAACUUGAAUUGAUUCAUCGAGGAGGCAAUUUAUGUUCAGGUGGUGCAAGCACAGCUGGCAAGAGAUCUUGUUUAAAAAAGGAAUCUGAAGUUCAGAGUGAUUGCCUUGCCAAGUCUCACACAGCUGGAAAAUGUCAGAGCUUGCACUUGAACCCAGCUCUUCUGACUCUAAAUUCAGUUAUGAGUGGCAUAGGGAAAGAUCAGCUGUUCCAUGUAUUAGCCUUGCACAUGCGACUUUAUAGCAUUGACUCUGAGUAUAAUCCCUGGAAAAAGCUUACUCAGUUAGUAGAAGACAUGAAUUCACAGUUGGGAAAUGACGAACAGCCUGAGGUUCCAAUUCUUUAUCAUGAUGUAACAUCCCUUUUGCUUAUCCAAAUCUUAAUGAUGCCACAACCUUUACACAAAGAACACUUCACCUGCAUUGUGAAGGUGCUUUUUACCCUACUAUAUACACAGGCUCUUGCUGCACUUUCAGUUAAAUGCAGUGAGGAAGAUAGGUCAGCCUGGAAACACACGGGAGCUCUCAAAAAGAAUACAUGUGAUGCAGAAAAGUCUUAUGAAGUGUUAUUGAGCUUUAUUAUAAAUGAAUUAUCUAAAGGAAAGUUAUACCAUGAAGAAGGAACUCAGGAGUGUGUAAUGAUUAGUCCUAUUGCUUGGUCUCCUGAAUCCAUGGAAAAGUAUUUACAGGACUUCUGCUUACCUUUCCUCAGAAUCACCAGCCUUCUUCAGCACCACCUUUUUGGGGAAGAUUUACCUAGUUGCCAGGAAGAAGAAGAAUUCUCAGUUCUUGCCAGUUGCCUGGGACUUCUGCCAGCAUUUUACCAAACAGAACAUCCGUUCAUCAGUGCCUCUUGUCUGGAAUGGCCAGUUCCACCAUUUGAUAUUAUAACUCAGUGGUGUUUUGAGAUAAAAUCAUUUACUGAAAGACAUGCAGAACAAGGAAAGGCUUUGCUUAUCCAAGAAUCAAAAUGGAAAUUACCGCACCUGUUACAGUUACCUGAGAAUUAUAACACCAUUUUUCAGUACUACCACAGAAAAACGUGUAGUGUCUGCACCAAGGUUCCUAAAGAUCCUGCUGUUUGCCUUGUUUGUGGUACUUUUGUAUGCCUAAAAGGACUUUGCUGCAAGCAACAAAGUUACUGUGAAUGUGUAUUGCAUUCUCAGAACUGUGGUGCUGGAACAGGCAUUUUCCUUUUGAUCAAUGCAUCAGUGAUCAUCAUUAUUCGAGGUCACCGCUUCUGCCUCUGGGGUUCCGUGUAUUUGGAUGCUCAUGGAGAAGAAGACCGGGAUCUUAGGCGCGGCAAACCUCUCUACAUUUGUAAGGAAAGAUACAAAGUUCUUGAGCAGCAAUGGAUUUCUCAUACUUUUGAUCACAUCAAUAAAAGAUGGGGUCCACAUUAUAAUGGGCUAUGACUCACCACCUCAGCAUUGCAUCAUUUUCAUUAAGAAUUUAUUUUAUCAACAAUAAGCUUUAACUUAAUUUGGGGAGAGUAAUGUUUUUGCUGAGGGGAAAAAAAGAAUACAUUAUGAAGCCUUUCCAAAAUUAGGUGCUUGGUAAUCACUUAAUGGAAUAGUAAUUUUUUUUUAAGUAUCUGGAGAACAUAAUAAAUAAAUCAUUCUUUAGUGGUCAUUUUUUUAAGUGCACAAUUAAUAAAAAGCACAACUUGUCCAUAAAAUCAUUCAGAAGUUAUUCUCCCAACAAUGCAUAUCAGCUAUUCAUUGAUACUUAGAAUGGGUGUGAUUUAUUUGAAAUUUUAUUGCUCCUUUCUAUCUGUGUUUUAAUUUGCAUCUGCUAAACAUAAUGCAUCUUUUUCCUCUGCCAUUCUUGUGUUAAUUUGAAAUUUUUGCUGUAUGUAACUAGAAAAAAUGUAAAACAUGAUUUAUGUGAAAUAUUGUAUAGUAAAAGUUAGUCUAAUAGUAGAAUCUUAAUUUUUUUUUCUUAUUGUGAGGAAUCGUUAAAAGUUUAAGGCUUUGCUGAAAACUUAAUUCAUUCUCAGGAAUUUCAUAAAUAUUCUCCCCAGGUAAAUGAAAUAGUUGUAAAAUAAGUAGAUAGCGCUGUUAAUAUAAAUACAGUACAUUUUGAAGAGCAUAUGUGUGAUUGAGGGGGGGGGGUCCUUAAUAAUUAAAAUUUGUGGACUGAAGGUGUAGCUCAGUGGUAAAGCGCUUGCCUAGCAUGUGUGAGGCACUGAGUUCUAUCCUGAGCACUGCAAAAGAAAAAAAGAGAAACCAAAAGAUUUAAGAAAAUCCACAUGACAAAUUUUGAUCCUGUGCAUGCCCACCUUUUAUUACCAACCAAGUUUUUGUUUAUAUGAUUGGAUUGGAAAUACUCUUACUUCCCAACUAAUAAACCGAACCGUAAGUUUUGGAACUUUCUUAUCAACUCAAGAGAUUCAGCUACAUUGUAUUCAUGCAGUGGAAUCACUGCUAUUUCUGCUUGGUUUACUAUAAGGAGAAAAAAAGGCUCAGUGGUGAUGAACCUCAUGAAUGAACAGUACAUGAAAAGCAAUUUUUGUUUGUAAGGGUUUUUAAAUCAGUAAAAAUGGGAUGAUUGAGCUACAACCUACUCUAUAAUAAGAAAAGUACAUGGAAAGCAUGUUAUACAUUGCUACUAAGAUUUUUUCCAGAUGACUCAGUAAUUUGAUGAUUAUUUCAUAUAUUAUGCUAUUGAGCAAUUCCUGGUACUUUGGAGUUUCAUGGCUUGUUAUAUAAAAUUACAAUUUUACAUGUAAAAAUAAAAUUUAAAACAUCUAAUGAUAAAACGUAAAAAUAACAUCAGAUUCAUGUUCUAAAAUUUUUUUGAAUGAUAUGGCAUUACUGAAUAUGAAAAUGAACAUUAAAUGAUGGCCUUGCAUUAUAAUAGGGAAAGCAGAGUAGUACAUAUUCAACUGUGUUCAGAACAUCAAUAAAUUACCUACAGCUCUACAAGAAAAUACAUGGAAAUAGCCUGCUAUUUUUAUAUACAUUUCCAAAAUAUUCAGACAACUUUCUGUAAGACUAGAAUGAUUCUGUUUCACUAAAUCACUAUCCUUUCCAACACAUUGCUACUUUUUUAAAUACUGUAUUAUAAGUUCAGCCUGUCAUAUUUUUGCAUUGGUCAUUAUGAAUACCAGACCAUUUGUAAGUGUGGUUGAAGAGCAAAAUACUAAUUCACAUCACUAGUAAAUACUGUUACAGGAUUCAUGAACUUGAAUAAUUCUACAGUUUGAAACUGAUGCUAUAUAUACCUGGUAUAAUGUAUUCAGACUUUGAUUACUACAUAUUUAAAAUGGAAUGUUUUAUGGUUGUGCAUAUGGAUGUGAAGUGAAAAUAUUAGCCUUAACUUUAAAAUUUGGGUAUUUGAUAGUGUUUAUUUUGAUAUUGGUGAAUUAGUCACCAGUAAAUUUAAAAAAAGCACUUGGUUGAAAAUUGUACUUGAAUACAUACAUGCAUGCUGCUAAACUAGAACUUUAAUUUUUUUCUCCAUAACUUUUAUAAGUCCCAUUUAUAAACCCACUUUUAAAAAUAACAGGUCCAAGUUAGAGUGAUGUGUGUAUAUUAUUAAAAAAAUGUACUGGUGUGAUAUCUUGUAUGAAUGAUCAUUUAAAUACAGUACAUUACUGUAGAAGCUAAAGCAGCCUUUAUAAUUAAGCAGAAAUUACAAAACUAGGAAUAACCAACAUUGUAAGAUAUGUUAAUAAAAACCUACUGUCAUUUGGUUUGUGAAA